CAGCUUAUACACCAAAACCAAGUCACAAACACUUAAAAAAAAAAACAAAUUCACCAAAAAAAGAGGAGGAAGAAGGAAAAAGAUGGCACCCCACUCUUUCUUUGUUUUGCUAGUCUUCUUCCUCUAUUCAUUUUCAUCCAAUAUUUCAGCUCAGUCUCCGGCGGCAGCCCCCGCCCCAUCUGCCACCAACGUGACUGCUGUCCUUGAGAAGGCCGGCCAAUUCACCACUUUGAUCAAGCUCCUCAAGUCCACCAAAAUGGACGACCAAAUCAACACCCAACUCAGCACCUCAAACCAAGGGAUCACCAUCUUUGCACCAACUGACAACGCCUUCUCCAGCCUCAAAGCCGGCACGCUAAACUCAAUUUCCGAGCAGCAGAAGCUGCAGCUGGUGCAGUUCCAUAUCCUGCCAUCUUUCUACUCUGCUGCACAAUUCCAAACCGUGUCCAACCCUCUGCACACGCAAGCUGGGAACAGCCCGUUGAAUGUGACAACGUCAGGGAACCUAGUGAACAUAACAACAGGAGUGGUGAAUGCAACCGUGGCUAAUACCAUUUUUACUGACAGUCAGCUGGCUGUGUAUGAGGUCGAUCAGGUGCUUCUUCCUUUGAGCAUUUUUGGCCCUGCAGCACCCGCUCCUGCGCCAUCUAAGUCCGAAACAAAAGUUAAAGGUGCUGAUUCACCUUCAGGGUCCUCGGAUCGCGGCAGCACUGCUGAUUCUUCUACUGCAAUGGGGCUGGAACAGCAUGGGAUUGCAGAAGCAGCAUCGGUGGGGAUCAUAGCAAUUCUUGCAGCACUUUCGUUGUGAUUUUCGAGUUGAAUUGCUGUGAUCGUCUCAACUUUUUGUUUUGUUUUGUUUUCUGCCUUUGAUGCUAAGAAUUUUGUAACCUUGUUAUGUUUUGGAAUUAAUUAGACAUUGUUCUUUGGAAUAA